UGCGCAGGCGCAGCAUUGCCAGUGGUUCGACCUCUGCCUUCGAACAGUCGCAGGCUGCUCUCUAACCGGUUGCAAUAGUCCAAUUCUAAAAAUGUACGCCUGUGCAAAGUUUGUCUCCACGCCUGCCCUGGUUCGUGCUGGCUCCCGGGCCAUGUACAGACCCAUCUCCGCUGCCGUAGCGUCUCGGCCAGAGGUCAAAACAGAGGCUGGUUCAGCUCUCGUCCCUCAGAGCCCUCUGUCUCAGGUCGCUGUCAGGGGCUUCCAGACCAGCGCCGUGAGCAGGGACAUCGACACUGCCGCCAAGUUCAUCGGUGCCGGAGCUGCCACUGUCGGAGUGGCCGGUUCUGGUGCCGGAAUCGGAACUGUGUUCGGCAGCCUCAUCAUCGGAUAUGCCAGGAACCCCUCUCUAAAGCAGCAGCUCUUUUCCUAUGCCAUCUUGGGCUUUGCCCUGUCUGAGGCUAUGGGACUGUUCUGUUUGAUGGUGGCUUUCCUCAUCCUGUUCGCCAUGUAAAAAACAAAAACAAAAAAGAACCUCGGUAAACAUACUCUAAGCUCAGUUGUGACUACAUAUUUGCCAUUGCUACCAAACUGUCUAAUGUUCAUGUCCGUAAGGGGAAAAAAUGUACAUUUUUCAAGUCCGCUUUAAGCUGUUAAAAUAACAAAACAUGUGAAAAUGUAAACAGUUACACAAUUAAAAAUGCCUGUAUUUGACUAUUUAAAAAAGAGGUAAUUUUUAUAUUCUGAGAUUCAUGUUUUACCUCACAGUGACAAUGGCAACAGGGAACUAGGAUGAUAGCACUUUCUGUCAAUCACUAUUGGAAAAGUUUAGUGAAUUGUUUGUAGACGUUCUUGGGUCCACACAAAUGUUUUCAAGGAUUAAACUGCUGGAUGAUAAUGAAAUUGUAAGUAGGUUGCAAUUGGUUAAAAGCUGACAAAUACCAUAUUGCUUUUGUAAAUUGCAUUAAAUAAAUGUAGAUCUCACUGUAUGGGUGCUACAGC